GCAAUUGCGGAAGUUAUUCUACAGAGGAGCAUUUUCUCUUAAAAGCAGGUUCAAUCAGGGACUCCUUACAGACAUGUUGCUUUCAAGGGCAUCCAUUAAUUCUCCGAUGGAGUAUAGGAGGAACGUUGCCGUGAGAAGCUGAGAUCGAUCAGACUGGUAUCAACACACACUGCAUUCGGCUAAAUUUGAGCCAACUAGUCGUAACUUAGUGGGUAUCCAUGGCUUUUGUACCACGAGGAGUAAUCCUAGGGAUGCUGUUUUACUUAACGUUUGCAGUUGCUGGAACAAUAUGGAUAUCGAUGAAAUAUCUCGGUGAUAAUGACUGCAAUUGUUCACAAUAUUUUGAGCGCUCUAAAUUAUCGAGUUCUUUACAUGAACACGAUUUCCCGCACUCGCAAAAUCAGGACAGUGUUGCAGUGAAACAUCGGAGAGACGAGGGGAAUUCUCUGCAAGACACUACAAUAGGUAGGGCUCAUUGAAAAUACUAGACUAAAUUUACACUGAUGGCUUUACAGGGUUGUAAGAUGAUAUAUAUUUGCUUGGUGACGUGUCGUUUCGACGCCUUGCUAUUUGUAAAAUGCUGGUUCCAUGUGGAACCUAGUCUUGUUUUGAUAGAUGAAAGCACAUUAUUUUAACGUCUCUCUCUUUUUUUGAAGUACUCUGCAACAUAACUUUCGAAAACAUAGCGUUUUAUAUAUUAAAUUGAAACCGAUGAUCAUGAAACAAAUUAAGCUUAAGUUGAUAUUGAACUUUCGCCUGGGAUCCAUGCGGGAGACUCGACGUAAUUCUGAAAAAUCUCCUCUUCAAAAAAAUGCCAAAAACAACAAAAACACUAAAUCAUCUAUUAAGUAACUGCCCCCUCUCAAUCAACUCUGCAUCUUGAGCGAAACUCCUUUCCUCAAGGAUUAUCCACAAGAAAUUACAUAUACAGUAAAGCACUCUGGGGACUAAUACUGUGACCUCCUGGAAAAUUCUGUUUUACCCAUAUUUAUGGUGCCCUAUCAAAAGCCUGGAAGGAGGUAGAUCGAAGUCAUUAAUACCUGUAAUAAGUUACUUCUCUAACCUGAGACAGUAUAAAUAAGGGUGGGUGACCUGGGGGUUGUGUGGUAAACACACUACAGGCAUUCUAUAAUAAGUUGCAAUAUCAUCGUCAUCAUCAUCACUGCAGUCAGUUGAUUCGACUAAGACUGUUUUUAUGGUUCAGCAUGGUUUGAUAAGUCUCCUCCACAUAGGUCUGUCAUUGGGAUUUUCCUGCCAGCAGGAUCAAAUUUGCAGAAUAUUUCCACCUUCACAAUAAUUGUCAUUUAGAAUUUUUCUCUCCAGUAAGUAGGACAAUAACAAAGAUCAGUUAAAAGGAAAAAUAUACAUUUUUUUUUUAUUUUAGACAGUACCCACCCUGAUGAUAACUGGGGACCACAUCAACUUGGGGUGGUGGUGCCUUACAGAGACAGAUUUGAGGAAUUGCUGGAAUUUGUUCCUCACAUGCAUAAUUAUUUAAAUGCCAAGAAAGUACGACAUAAAAUAUUUAUUGUCAACCAAGUUGAUAAGCAUAGGUAGGUUAAUUUCAUGCCAUGAAGAAUCUCCAUGUUUCACAGUGUAAGAUAUUCACUAGCUGUGUCUCAUCUGAGGGGCAUCAGUUUCUUGAAAUGGACCCUUGGGAAAUGAAGCUGUAGGGUAUUGAAUUUCAUGUCUUUGCUUUUUUUCUUGUGACAUCUAUAAUUAAUUUUUUUUUGAAUUUUUAUUGCUAAAGCUGUGAAAAUUAAGUUGCAUGAAAGGCUGUCCUCUAACGAAAAUUGAAGGGAGCCCAUGCAGUGCUCUGAAACUGUAAAAUCUAGGGUGCCCAGCAUAUGAUUUGUAUGAAAAAUCUGAGAUUUUCUAGUUGCCCGAGGGCAAAAGUUAGGCACCAGGGGCUACCGGGCUCUGCUAGAGCACAGCCCUAAAAUUAGUAAAUGUGCUAGGGUGAAUGUUGGCUCUGUUAUUUAGUUUAAAAGAGGGUUUUUGUUAGUUUUGACUGCUAUUUUACUUGGGAAACUACUGUUAACUUGAGGACAGCGUCAUUCUCAUUUUGUUUGUAUCAGCUACUACCUUUCUCUUGCAGAUUUAAUAGAGCAUCUCUUUUAAAUGUUGGAUUUCUGGAAGCCAGGAAUAAUUGUGACUACAUAGCAAUGCAUGAUGUGGAUUUACUUCCACUCAACAAAGACUUAUAUUAUGGAUUCCCUGAGAAGGGACCUUUCCAUGUAUCAGCACCAUUUUUACACCCAAAAUAUCACUACAAAACAUUUGUGGGAGGAAUUCUGUUAAUGUCAGUGGCACAGUUUGAAAAGGUAGGUCAUUCUUGUUCUAUACCAGCAUAAGGAUACUUGAGGCAAAGAUCCAGACUGAUUUCUACUGUUUGAUGGCAAAAUAAUGGUUAGGCGUUUGCUAUACAGAAAAAAACCUUUCUUUAUUGCAUACACUGUCAGGGCCAUCAGAGUUAGUGUCCUUAACCCUGUCACGGCCAAAAUUGGUAAACUCAAGAAGAAAAGAUUCCAUUGUUGGAGUUGUUGCUUUCUACAUUAUUGGAAAAUGUUUUGUUUCAUUUUUUUGGAUUUCUCACUCACUACUUGUCUAAUGCUCCUGAUGUUUGGCUGGGGUUUCUUUCUAUCAUUAAUUUUUAACUUAGAACAAGGUGUCCCCUGAAGUAUAUUUAUUGUUCUCUAACCACAAGUUUAUCACAAAAUAUUAAGUUUUUUUUAAGAAAUGGAAAGUGGUUAUUGCAAUUUAAGCAAAUAACCCGAAAGAUAUUUUCGGGACUUCAACGGGAUUCGAACCCAUGGCCGCUGAGUUAUCGCUGCAGUGCUCUACCAUUUGAGCUAUGAAGACCCAUACAUUGGGGGAGGCCAAUUAGUUGAGUUUUGAUCUUAAUCCGGCAAAGGAAUGAACCGUGAAGAUGAUGUGAACUAAGGAAAUAUUAUAAAAUAAUGUUCAGAUAUGAUCGUCGCUGUGGUUAUUGCAAUUUAAGCAAUUUCAAAAAAAAAAAAAAAAAAUACUUUCGGGGUUUAUUUGAUAUAACUUCAAUAACUUUAAUUUGCAAUAUAUGACUUCAGCAGCAUUCUUUUUUUUUAUUUUAGGUCAAUGGACUUUCCAACAAAUUUUGGGGUUGGGGUCGUGAAGAUGAUGAACUGUAUUUGAGAAUGAAAGAAGCUAAAUUAUCAGUAAGUAAUAAUAUUACUAACACCACUGAAACUCAUGAAAGAGGACGCUCCUGGAAAACACAAGAACAGGGUCCACUACUGGAAGCGGCCAUUUUAUAUAGGAAUGAUCCUCGUUAGUCUGAUCUAGACAUUCUAAAAGUCCAGUAUUUUUUCUGUCGCUCGUUCGGUCGCUACGUGACCUCAUGCAUUGAAGCUCGCUUCGCUCACUUUUGAGAAGCCGACUUGUAGCAAGUCUAUCGUUGGUCGUAUACUGCACAAGCAGUUUGGCAGGAAGGUAGAGUGGCCUGCUGCUCACGGGAAUGUCCGUUUAACAGAGCUUUAGCUCCAAUAAUGUUAGUAACCCCUACAUGGCUAUUCUCAGAUCUCUCUUUUGUGGCCAAUAUUAUUCACGCACUGAAUCAACUCGAUUGAUUAUACCAACCUCUCUGCUACUUCUCGUAUUGGAGCAAUUUGGAGACCAUGAGAUUGUUAAGGGUUAAACUUGACAAGAUUAUGCCCUCACAAUGCCGGGAUGAUGGUGCUGCAUCUUUGGAAUCCUAAGUGACGGGCGUUCAUUUGAGGUGCUAAAACUAGGUUUUCCAGUCGCUGAGAGCAAAAAUCACUAGUAGGUUGUGCAAAGUCAAUUCUUUUGUCAGUUUGUCAGUUUUCUCAAAAUCGACUGGGUGAGGGGAAGAGUCCUUCUCCUGUCUCAUUCUCAGUUUUUCAGUUUGACUGCUUGCGCGUUCUUGACCCAGACCUUCGCACCUUCACGAAAAUACGAGCUGUUUAGUAUAGUAUUUAAGACUAGUGUACUGCUGAGAACUGUUAGCGGUUAACCUUGCGCAUCUGUAUGAGAUCAAUGGUGUCCUACAUGUUCAAUAAUUUUCAAGAGUGAUGAGAGGAUGGAAUUUAGUCCUCUUUAGUCUACAAUGAACAGAAUAUAACAGGGAACUGAGCGAGGAACGGAGCGGGGAACGGAACGUGGAGCGGAGUGGGGAACGGAGCGGAGAACAGAUCGUCGGUUGAGACGAAGCGGGGAAUGAAGCGUGGAACAGAGUGAGGAACGGAGGGAGAGGUGGGGGAGGACUCAAAGUUUUUUCAAUGUUCACUAUGCUCCACAUCCCAUUUACUUCCAUCUACCCCUCUAAGUACCCUAGCCUGAUAAUCUGUUGUCAGAAAUUGUUUCGUUACAAACUCUUAAUUCUUUCAUCGUGGCUAUUAAGGUUGAUAUUGUUUGACAAUGUUGAUAUUGAUUUUAGAUUUAUCGCCACAGCAGCAAACAAAUAACAACUGGUUAUGAAACGUUUAAACACGAUCAUGACCCGAAGAAAAGAAAACGAGACUACGCAAGGUUUUAUGACCAGAAGAAGGUGAGUUGGUACAUUUACAUCUAGGUAACUGAUACUUGUUUAUACUGUGGUUAAAUCAUCUCUCGAUCUUUGAUUGGUAUAUUUUCGCUCUGUAACUUGUGUACCGACCAAGAGAUCUUUCUUUUUCCUUCAAUCAUGUAGCUACAAGUGCGCGUAUCUCCGAAAAAGCCAUCAAAACGAUAAUAUAGUUUUGUUUUUUUAACUUAGAGAAUCAUGUAGUGGCUCUUUUAUUUGCUAGUUCUGUAGAAUUCUUGUAAGGCACCAAGUUCUCGUUCCACAAAAAGAAAGUCAUAUGACACAUUAUAACUUGCUACCCGCGAUGUAAGUCCCAAUCCUAUAAAUUACAGAUCAAAUGUUUUUUUUUUUGUUUUUGUGUUAGUUUUUUUGUCGGCUAAUGAGAGGUACACAGUUAGACUGCUCUUUCUGAAUGAAAAUCCUUGAGUAUUGCCAUGAAAAAAAAAUAGCAUUUUCCGAAAAACCUAAAAUACUGUUUCUACUCUUCACAUCGCUCUUCACCAAUGCAGUCAAAACUGUCGAGACAGUUUUUUUCAUUCUUUGAAAAAUCUCAAUUAAUUUACGUCCAAUUGAAAACUUAAAUUUGUUCAUUCUCGUCCCCAGAGCCCGUCGUUUCUUGGUCACGUGGUAGAGAAACGAGGGGCUCUGGACGCAGCCGUUACGGGAUGUCAGAAAAUUUCUGACAUCUGGUUGCGCAUGUGCAGAAGUUACAAAUAUCACUGCUCAUGCUCAUAACGGAUUUUUGUCCCUCACCGCUCCACUGGGGGAAAAAACAUACUUCCCCAGCUCUCUCCAGAGAGUGGCUUCUUUGGGAUGUUUUGAAAAUGCACCACUUCACUCAACUUGGAUUCACUGAUAAUUUGGAGUUAAAAGAAGAAGACAGUAACAGAAGCCGGCUGAACACACUGUUGGUUUGCAGAACUGAGACAAUUCAUCGACAAACUAUCGUCUGAGUUAUGUGAGUUUUUUUUUUUCAAUCCGUUUGGCGAACGAAACCAAUAUCGCGAAGAUCGAUAUAAUGCGGGGAAAAGUCAAUCUAAAAAGGUGUCUUGUUCUAUGUCCUACAACUGCUAUCUUACUUUAAAACGCUUUUUGAAACGAAACCAUUCAGGUGUUGUGUUAGGAGAGUAAAAUAUAUAUUUCAUUUCACUCGAGCUGGUUGUGUGUUUUCCUAUGUUUAUUUUCUUUUGUGGUGUCGCAUGUCGUGGUUUUAAUUUUGCCCAUGAGCUUUUGUGUACAACACGUUUUAGACGACCGAAGGAUUUACGUCCAAACAAAUCAAUAUUAAUCAUUUUACCGACCCAGGGUAAAAAACAUAUAUUACAAGGUUUGUCCAGGAGAAGUGACAGUCUAAUACACCUCCAUGGACUGGUUCCAUGGGCUUCCAUGCAUGGCAACUUUAUACGGUACUGAGUGAAUCAAAUUCCAGUUCAGAACUUGAGCCCCAGUUUCCUAACCCUAAUCAUAAAAUGUCUGGGUAAUUUGGUGUUUAUGGGGGCCAUUCAGUGUUCUGCUAAAAGGGUUUAUCCUCCCUAAAGAUUUCAGGUAUCAUCUCUUAACUAAAAAUCAUCAUCAGACAGUACCUCAAAGAGAGAGUUUUCAAUAAUUUUGCUGUCAGACUCAGAAAAUCAUUAAUACCUGAAAAAUGUUGAUUGUAUAGUGACCAAUCACCAUAAUGUUCUGUACACAUGCACAACCAAACCUCAAAACCACAAAGUAAUUACCAUCGCUGUUUGAGGUUCUGUUUUCUCACCCCUUAUUAGCUUUUUCUUUGCAACGCAAUAGCAUUCCUAAAUAAUUUUUGGUAUUCAUGGUUUUGUAGGUGGGCUCUUGUCACCUCUGUUAUAGGGGUAUAAACAGUUAUAUGUACUUUUGAUUACCGGUUACUAAUAAAAAGUGUUUCCCAGGACACUAGUUUAGUAGGAAGUGAUGGUAAUUAUGCAAAUGCAUCCAGAGAGAAACCUGUUUAAGUAUCACUUAUGAGCUCAUGGGUUACACAUCUUUUUAAGGGGUUUGAAGGGUUUUUUUUUUCUUAGGGGAGGGCCUACAUCUAGGGGGACAUUUUUUCUUGUUCACUGGUAAAUCAGGGCCUAUAACUGGGGGGCUUAUAAGUUGGGGGGAGGGCGUAAAAGCAGUAGUUUAUGCCUGUGCCAGACAUUCAGGUAUUGGGGAAGGUGCAAAGAGAACAAAACUAAAAAAACCCUGCUUUUGUUAAUGCUCUACUUCUCACUAUCUGAACACCUAGAACAGGUUGUCAUAAGCUAUAUAGCUGUACUUUCUUAUCUGGGACAGUGACAUAUAGAGUGAUAUAUGCACUGUACAUAGACUGUGUGCUUUAAGAGGUCCCCCCGUUAAGAAGUACACUUUGAGUAACACACAACCCAAAAGCAUUUUCUUGGGUAGCUGCUCUCAUCAUGUUUUGAGACUGGAGUGCAAGACCUGCAAGGUUUGAAAUUUGGGAAAGAACUUUGGAUCAGGCCUGAAAUAGGAUAUUGAAAAUCACAUAGUUUGGUCAAAAUUUGGCAAGGCAAGAAGCAUACUAUGGGGUGAAUCUGAACUGAUUUUUGGGGGAUAGUGCCCAACCCCCAAUCACCACCCUCUGCAGCUGUAUUCAAACUGAAUGUGGUGCUUUAUAGAGUUAAGGUACAAUAUCUGCUCCCAGGUUUUGAUAAUGUAUAAUUUUUUACUUCCCUUAAAAUUCAUUAUUUUGUGUUAUAACAUGAGGCCUCCAACUAGGAAAAAGGUUUAAACAGAACUGAAUCAUUGACCACUGGAAGCAAGUUUCAAUUUGGCUCAUCAUUAUUUGUCAAUGACCAAGUAAACUAAGAUGCUCUAUGCCUCAGUAAGCCAAUGCUGUGUGCAAGCCCAAGGAGGGGUGGAGAGCAGGUGUGGUUAGGAUUGGCGAGUAAACUAUGAUAUUACUGUUGAUCAAGCUAUAAUGUUAUCCACCCUAUCAAAGGUGACCUACUGCAAAAUCCAGUUGUUAUCAUCAACAACCAUUUACCCCAGGAUGAUGCAAAAUAGACUACUCUGGGCUGUUGUUCAUUUAUCAUUUUAUUUAUUAACACCUCAGUUGUCCCUGACAUCGUCAAAAAAUCUAGACCAGUAUGCCUAGUAUAAACAGUCAAGUUUUCUUGUAUUUUAGAAUUCUUAAACCAAAAAGAUUAAGAACAUUGUGCUACCCUACGUAGUGAUCAGAUAACAUAAUUAUUUAUCAAAAAAAAUUGUGCAAAAGCUGCUUCUUUGUAAACUGUUCAUCAGUUAUAAAUAACCCCAGAGCCCCUUGUUUAUCUUUGUCUAAAUGCAAUACGACUGGAAGCCAAGCAAGCAAAACAUUUGUAACAAGUUGGCCACAUAGCCUUUCCUUUCACAGCCCAGUUCUUACUGUUAAAAUAAAAAUUAAAAGAAAGCCUCCGAAUCAUCUAAGCAUGAUUUAAGCAUUAAUUAAGUGGAAGAAAACGUGGAUUGGAAAGAGUACUUGCUCUAUCAUCUUCACACAAUUAAAAGAUUGCCUUUUGCAUGCAGCCCAAAAUGAUUCAUAAGCAAUUCAGUUCUGGCUUUGUGUACUGCCAUCAGUGGUCUAAUGAAAUAAAGGCAUAUAACAAAAUAUCAUCUUGACCUUAGUAUAGCAAAGGAGAUGUUCUUUCAGCAGAAAAUACGAUAAAUUAAAAGCACACUGCAAUAAACUUAACGUCAACAUCAUUUCUGUAAUGUAGUCGGAGCUUGAUUUCCUUUCCUACUGUAGCACCGACGAAUACCCAGAGGAAUUAGAAAAACUGAUUUGGCUAAUUAACAACGCCAUACAAGUACAGUAUCAAUUGCUUGAUUUUUAACGAGCAAGGAGCAACAGUACUGAAGAGCUAACUAACCAUUACUCCUCCUUUCAGUUCCCCAGGAGAUGCGACGGUCGAGACAGCGGCAAAGUUUAGCGCACAACGAAGGCAAUACUUUCUUUGUCAAGGCUCGUUGUCUUCGUAGAAACUUCUCAAACUUUACCUGCAGUUCUCUUCUUCACUGCUAUUGCAUAUGAACAAAACAGGAUUGUCGCAAUCAACGAAACUCUGGCACUUAUUUUGUGUUUGCGGGUCGAGAGGGCACGAAGUAAAAUGUUAUGCGCAGUAGAUUAUAUUUUAAUUUGCCUUGCGCAUUCAAUUGCCUUCAGCCAAUGAAAAAAUUCGUAUUUUCCGUUGCGUCCAGAGCCACUGGUCGGUUACAAAUUAAGCCGAGUGGCUCUGGGGACGAGAAUGAAAUUUGUUUGGAAUAUUCUGCGUAGUAAGCAUUUCUUUGUUUAACGCAGAAGCCGUGGCGAGAACAGGAGGCGUCCCCUCCAACUUUCGCUCUUACACAAGAACGUUAGCUCAGUGGCGUUUGCGUCGACUUUUUCAAUGCAGAUAUAAAAUUACUGAGAAGCGCGCCUAACCGUUCUUUCUUUUUCUCUCUGUCCCCGUGCCCCCCGUGCAACCCCACCCCCCCCGUCCCUCCGUCUUCCCUCCCUCCCUAAUCGAGAGAGAUUGUUCGCGCGGGUUAGUUUAUCUCUUGGUUUUUAAACGGUAGUAUGACGUUUAUCGUAGGCAUAAUUUCAUUCACAUCGAGGAGGAAAUAAAUAGUCGCCCGUGUUUAUGCCCGUUGAAGUUAAGUCUUCAGUUGUUAUUGCAUACCCUGCUGAUCUAAAUUUUCAUUCUUUAGACAAGCUUGCAAGUUCAUUUAAUCUUGAAAUUCCUUAUUUGUGUUUUGGGUUGUCUUUUCAGGUAUCGUUUCAGAGAGACAGGGAAACAGGAGUUGCAACAGUCAAGUACAACAUUGCUAAAAAGACUCAUCUUGUUGUUAGUGGCGCACCGUGCGUGAUUCUUAACGUGAAAUUGCACUGCAAUGUACAAGAAACACCGUGGUGUAACAAUCCUGACUCGUGACACGUGGAACUUUUUUGACUUUUAUAAAAGCGUCAUAUGAAUGUAAUUUAUUGAAAGUGCAAACUGAAAAACUGUAUGAACCGGAAUUAAUUGAAAUCAGUUAUACAAUGUACAUCCACGUUCGCGUGUUCCAUCAAUUAACUGACACCUGGUUGUCACUGAAGAUAUCAGAGAAAAGAAAAUCGAAACUGUCAGUAUUUUUACUGUAUGGCUCUUCGUUCGACAUCGUUAGAUAAGAUAUGACUUUAAAGAAAAAAGCUCUCUUAUCACAAAAUCUGUCAUGUAUUAUUAUGAUUCAAUGCAGUUCGAUAUCAUCAUUUUUUACCUAAUUUCCAUGCCUCCUCCAAACCCAGAAAGGUCGUGCGGCACCUCUCUACAUGAAUGAAUUCAGAAAGC